CUGGAGCUCGCCGCCGCCUCGCUCGGCAACACCGGCGUCCAGACCAUGGCCUACGGCCUCAUGCUGGGCAUGGGAAGUGCAGUGGAGACCCUCUGCGGGCAGGCCUACGGUGCCCACAAGUACGACAUGCUCGGAAUCUACCUACAGCGCUCCGUCAUUCUGUUGGGCUUAACCGGCAUACCACUUGCUGUGAUGUACGCUUUCUCGGAGCCACUCCUCUUGUUGAUGGGACAGUCACCCGAGAUAGCCCGUGCCGCAUCGAUCUUCGUGUACGGCCUGAUUCCUCAGAUCUUCGCGUACGCCGUCAACUUCCCCAUUCAGAAGUUUCUGCAAGCCCAGAGCAUCGUCCUGCCGAGUGCUUACAUCUCAACGGCAACACUCAUUCUACAUGUGAUGCUGAGCUGGGUGCUAAUGUACAAGGUUGGCCUUGGGCUGCUCGGUGCCUCGCUGGUGCUGAGUGUGAGCUGGUGGAUUAUCGUCGGAGUGCAAUUUGUGUACAUUGUCGUGAGCCCGACGUGCCGACACACAUGGACGGGAUUCAGUUGGCAGGCCUUCUCCGGUUUGCCGAGCUUCUUCAAACUCUCCGCCGCAUCUGCUGUGAUGCUAUGCCUUGAAGCAUGGUACUUUCAGGUGCUUGUGCUCAUUGCUGGAUUGCUCCCCAACCCUGAGAUUGCCCUGGAUUCCCUCUCUGUAUGUAUGACGAUUUAUGGUUGGGUGUUCAUGAUCUCCGUUGGGUUCAAUGCUGCUGCAAGUGUAAGAGUGAGCAAUGAGCUUGGUGCCGGCAACCCCAAGUCUGCAUUUUUCUCUGUGUGGGUCGUGACCGGGCUCUCUGCAACAAUCUCAACCAUCCUUGCUGUUGUGAUCCUCUGCCUCCGCAACCACAUCAGCUACUUGUUCACAAAUGGUGAAGCAGUUUCGGAUGCGGUAGCAGAUCUCAGCCCAUUGCUCGCCAUCACGCUCGUUCUCGGUGGCAUCCAACCUGUACUGACAGGUGUUGCUGUUGGAUGUGGAUGGCAACAAUUUGUUGCUUACGUGAACGUCGGCUCUUACUACAUUGUAGGCGUUCCACUUGGUGUUGUUCUCGGUUUUUUCUUCAAUCUUGGCGCAAAGGGUAUUUGGGGUGGCUUGAUUGGGGGAACGGCCCUGCAGACGACCAUUCUGCUGUGGGUCACCAUCAGGACUGACUGGACCAAAGAGGUAGAGGAGGCACAGAAAAGGUUGAACAAGUGGGACGAGAAGAAACAGCCUCUCCUUGCAGGGUUCAACGAUAAUGACAAAUAAGUGGACCAGUCUAGAUGUGUGUUUCACUUGAACGAUGCAGAAGUGUGCUGGCUAUGAGACUCACAGUCUUCGUGGGCGUGAGUGGCUGAAUUCAGGUCUCUUGAUUCUCGUGUAGAUUAUCAAAGAGUUUAUGUCUCAAUUUUUGGUGGACAAGCCAGUGAUGGGCUUGCUAGUAUAUAUACGGUAGGCUUGGUUAGCAUGUUACAUCUUUGUUUUGUCCAAUUGUCUAUAAGUUAUGUGUUUCUCCUUCUUCCUUGGGAGACCAUUAUUUGGCGUCUUUGUGAUUAGCUUUGGCAUGAUGCAGAAGCGGGUAAUGAAAAUGGUGUGAAGUUUUGGACAGGAGCCCGGAAUUUGGAAUUUGGAAAUCAUGUGAAAAUUCUAUUUUAUAGUAC